UAAAUACUGAAACUAAUUAUUAUUUUCAUUAAUGAUUUAUCUGCUGAUGAUUUUCAGAAUUAAUAAUUUGUUCUGUAAAGUAUCAGAAGAUAGUGAAAUAUACCAAUUAGACCCUGCUGGCAACAGAAAUGAAAAAGAUGGCCGGCCUGUGCUGGAUGGCUCUGGCCUUCUUCCUGUCUGCUGGAGACAGUUUGGCUGCUGUGGACCAGAGCUGGCUCGCAAGUGUCAUAGAAGGCAUCAAGAAUGAGUAUGCACUCGGUGACACCUUCAGUCUGGCUGUGAACGUCCCACAGAACCAAGACAUAAAUGAUCUUCAGCAAGUCUUUCAGGAUGAUCCAGCAGACAAAGUGAAACAAACGGUUUCACAGGGUCAAGUGUACCGGGGCACACGGGUGGUGGCAGCAGCACAAUCACAGGCAGUGUCACGUGUUCUAGAAAACAUACAACCCUUCGUUAAAAGCAGUCAGGGCAAUUUCCUCAUCAUCUACUCUGAAAAAUCCCCAUGUGGCCCGACGUGUACAACAAAUGCAAAUGAUAACAGUACCUCUGGCGAGAUAAACGACAUCAUUCAGAACUGGAGUGGUUAUGCGUUUGUGUUUUCUAGAGUAGUCAAAGUUCCUGCUGCAGACACGUCUCAACUGUCUGAAUCCUUUAAACGACUUGGGAUUUCUAAACUUGGGCUUGAUAACAUAUUCCGUUGUUAUAAACCUAGAGAUGAUCCUUUUCAGUGCAGCAGCUGCUCCUCAGGUGGAGAUGUUACACCUUCAUGUGUUGCAAACGAUGCCCAGUCAAAUCAAGAACAGGGCGUAAGUGAGUCAACAGGCACAGACACAGGCGAAGAAACAGCACCAGGAGAAGAAAUGGGCGCAGGCAUAGGUGGAGGAACAGGCGGACGAGUGAGCAGGUGCAAAGGACGUGGCAGUCGUAAAGGAGGCUGUAAGCGUAGAGGCGGCGGUCGGCGUGGAAGAGGUGGGGUUAAGAGACAAUGCAAACGUACCGGAGGCUGUAAGCGUAGAGGUGGCGGACGGCGUGUAAGAGGUGGGGUUAAGAGACAAUGCAAACGUACCAGAGGCUGUAAGCGUAGAGGUGGCGGUCGGCGUGGUAGAGGUGGCAGGGUUAGGAAAGUGCGGAAGCAAAGAAGAGGAGGAAGAGGUGGAAGAAGGGGUAACCCUCGAGGGGGGCGCAGAGGCAAAGGUAAACGAAGGGGCAAUUUUAGAAGACGCAGCAACCGUAGAGCAGGAGGUAGAAGCAGGAACAGGCGUAGAAGCAGGCGUGGGUGGGGACUGCAAUAAUACAAGGAUAAUAACUUUGUAAGGACUGAGCAGCACCCCAAUGAAGCUUACUGAGACAAAACAGUGCCUUAUGCUUAAUAAAAAUGCACGCAUUUCUUUCCCUUCGUACAGAUUUAAUGACUCCCUUCUCGCCCAUUUGACAUUUUUAAUAAAACACCUGAGUUUUGGCUCUGAUACGGAAAGGAUCCAUUCUUGUUCACAUCCAAUGUUUUUGUUACCUGAUGCUGCGUUCACACAUUCACACUCAACGGCUUAUUUCAAUUUUUGUAUCCAAAUUGAACUGAUGUUCUUGACUUACAUUAUUACACUGAGGCAAAAAAGAAGGGUUCAUGUAAAUUCACCUCAGUAUCUUUUGUGAUUAUAUAAUUGUACUCUGUACUUCUGUAAAGCCUUGCUGUAACAAAACUUCUGAUGUUUGUGUUCUUUCAGAUUAAAGCUUAGCUCAGCAUCUAU